AUGUCUGACAGGCCGCAACUAAAAAGUUCUCCCUCGGGCGGGAGCUCUAACGCACUGCUGGAGCCCGUUAAAGACCGCCGCAGAAGAAGAUCCUCCAGUCUCAUAUCGCAUGUCGAGCCCGAGACGCUCGAGGAGGAAAACGACCAACAGAUGCCCAACAUGAACGCGUCCUGGGUUGACCAGCGUGGUGCGUGGGCUGUCCACAUCGUAAUCAUCAUGCUACUCAAGGGCUUCUACAACCUGCUCCCCGGCAUCACGAACGAGUGGUCCUGGACUCUGACCAACACCACCUAUGUGAUAGGAUCCUAUAUUAUGUUCCACCUGGUCAAGGGUACGCCCUUCGACUUCAACGGUGGCGCGUACGACAACUUAACCAUGUGGGAACAGAUCAACGACGGCGUGCUGUACACCCCAGCCCGCAAGUUCCUCAUCCUCGUCCCCAUCGCGCUCUUCCUUGUGAGCACGCACUACACCCGCUACGACAUCCAGCUCUUCCUGCUCAACUUCUCUUUGACGACCUUGGUCGCCGUCGUGCCCAAGCUGCCUGUCACACACAGACUCAGAAUAACUAUUCCUGGCCUAACCAGCCCCGCUCAAAUCAAGUGA